AAGAAUCGCGGCUUCGGCGGCUGUGAAAUACCCAAUUCGUCGGAGACUUUUUACCCACUGUGAGAUUGCGCCUCCCUGUAAUAUUUCUGUUCCUAAAGUUCGCCAUCCCCAGAUUUUUAACAUUAUCUGCAGCUAGAAACUUGGAUUUUGUAUUGUUUGGUAAAUUUGACUUUUUGAAAAGGUGGAGGUGUUGUGGCAAGACCCAGCAGCACCUCAAAGUCAUGCUUCUUUUGAGUCCAAUUAUUCUUGUUGUAUCUACGGGAUUGAAUGAUCGUAUUUGAGCUUUAUUUCAUGACUUGUUGACUUUUCAAUCGGUUUCUUGUUACCGCGUAUAUAACAUGAAGAAGAACGACGCGACGGCUAAGAAUGUCAUGAGGACUGGUGCGGCAGAUGAAAAUGUAGCCGCUGAGUCCGACGGCGAUGACCUUUUUGACGAGUUGGAGGCAGCUGUGUUUGGUGAGGGGAGUAACCUGUUCGCAGACGGCGGGCGAAAACGUCGACAGGAGUCGCCUCCUCUUCUUGGUCCGAAGCGUCAAAAGAACUCUUCUCCAACAGGGGAGACAAGAGCUUUUGUAGAAGCCGAUGCUCCUGAUGCAUCGCGUUCCGCCAAGAGACCGAAACGCUCACCCAGACCGCGGCACUGCUGCGGACCGCGGGAAUCUGCAACCCCGAGCGGUCGUGGGACGCCACCAUCCUCAGGGUCAAGGAAUGGAAGUACUUCUAUGCGAUCGAACUCAAACAAGAAGCCGGUCAUCUUGUCUGGUCCAAGACGUCCAGUUUCGCCAACGUACUUGCAGAAUGAACUCCGGUACACCGCGUUUGCAUUUGAUGUAGACGAAGAGCCUGCGGUACUCCUAGAAGAACUGCAAAAUAAUCUUCAAACUGGAAGAACUUCUUCAUCUGCACAUCAAUCUUCAGAGCGAGGAGCGUCCACGGCAGAAGAUGGAGUCGUGAAUCAAAUAUAUUUUGGCCACUCGUCGUCGUCACCAGACGCACUACAUAAGCAAAGAGGACACGACGCGGCGAGCACAGCUCCCUACUCUAUGUCGUUAUUGGACCUUCCGGAUUUGGUGCAAAGCCGGAUUUGCGAGUUCAUCCCAUGGCGAUGCCUUUUGCUGCGCUUUUCCAGCGUGUGCCGUGCGACCCACGCGAUGGUGAUGGGAACGGAACUUUUCUGGUUUCAAGCGUAUCGGCAGUACUUCUAUCGGACAUACCAACGCCAGGUACUCGCGGGUGAAUUCUGGGGGUGGAAUGGCCAAAAGAUCAAGGCGAUUUCUACGAGCGUUGAGGAAGAGCCUAAGAAGCAGGACAGCAAGAUAAUAAGCGACAGAAUGGACGAGAUACAACGCAGUUGUACUAAGAACAUGCAAAAUGCUGGAAAAAACGGACCAUAUGGAGUCGAGCCACAAAUUCCGAAAGAGCUGGUAAAUAUGAAAGGGAGAGCACCACUGGGUGCGGUUUCUCAAAGUGCAACGACAUCGAAAGUUUUAGUGGGACCCGUCGGUAUGGGUAAAAGUACUCUCAGCAUUGCAGCAGCUCAAGCCAAGAUUGCGUCUUCGUUGGCCACCCAGCCGGGUGUUGGGAGAUUAGAAGUAUUGAGGCGAGCAGGAGCGAUAACAUCUAGACGCGACGGAGCUUAUCCGUGUUUACCACGUUUGAAAGAAACUGCGGCGGCUAUUAGAAAUCGUGCAUCAGUGUCGCAAGGUGGUUUAUACGGUUUCUCUCAUGGAAAAACAACUCCCAGGGCCACGACAUCUACAGUUCUGUUGCCUGACGUCGUUGCUGACACGUUUCCUGCGGAAAAACCAUUUUUUGUCGAUACCAGUUCGACCUCUAACAUCAAGACGGCUAGCGCAGCAUAUCGACAACAAAUUUUUCCUUUCUGGUACCUCUAUUUCCGCCACAAGUACCUAACGGAGCCGGUGCAAAAAUCCGCGCAAACUGAGGAUUGGCGUGAUUUCUUUGCGCUUGUCAACAACCUAGAUCAAGAAGAUGAAGGUGGAGAAAAUCACAACGGAUUUGGUGGAAAUGGGAUCGGCAAGGGCCAAGGCGGGCGCGGGAUUCACCGACAUCAGAGAGACCAAGGUGCAAACGUUCCUCUGCGCGAAGAAGACCUCCUUGAUCCUGAAGCUAUUGUCGCUGAUUUCCAAGAAAAAAUCACGUGGCGACAAAUAGGUGCCCUAAAAAGUAGAUCAGGAGUUGCAGAUGUACAAGGGACUACAUCUACUCCGCCUUCUUCCUCUACUCGUUCAACUCACCAGUAUCAUGCGCCAGUACCACCGCCAGAUGUCCGCGCGCCUGCUACAAGUUCGUCUAGUGCAGGUGCAGCAGGAGAAGCAGCUCGUGGCUCGGCAUCUUCUUCAUCUGCUUCAACUUACUCGAGAAUUCGAGCCACUUCUGCCGCUCCAUUUGGCAGCUCGAGCCUUGGCACGUCUUCCUCAAGUAGCAGGUCAUCGUCAGCCAGCCCAUUCUACGGCGCCACCAUGAACAAGAUUGCUAUUGCAGGUGGCAUUCCUGGCCAUUCAAGUUCGUUCAAGAAGAUGACCUCCCCCUUAGCGCAUGAGCAGAGGAGUAGAAAUUUGCAGUAUGAAGCAACUUUUCCCGCUGACUCAGGUUUUUGGUGCAGAGGAGCUUCUUCUACUUCUUCGAGAACGUCUGACAAAGAUAAUUCUUAUUCUCUUUCUGGUGUCGUGUCAACAGGGAGCAACAUCAAAGUGCCACAUCGUUGGACGCAGCUAUACCACAGCCACUGGCCUCGAACUGCACGGCGGAAAACGUGCGUUUUGGGCUGUGAGAUUUGCGGCUUUGUUCACUGGUGCCACGAAGGCGACAGAUGCGAGUUUACUCUAGCCGUAGAGGAAAAAUUCAUCUGCGCAGCCACUGGCGAGGUGAAGGCGGGUCGCAACUUCGUGGAAUCCAUGAUGACAGCUCCCUCCAAUGUUGAUCAAUUCCAGGUUGAUUUUCAACUUGGAGGAGGUGACGAAAUCUUGCUUGCUGGCGGAGCGGUCACACUAUGCGGGCCACAGCGAGCGGCAGAAGGCAUUUUGGACGUGGCUCCACUGCCAGGCUCCUCGACUCAUAACAGCGUGAGAGGCGUCCUCGUCGCUGGUGAGAUGAACGUCACGGUUCCAGCACCUUUUGGGAGUGACGCCGUACUUGAUAGUACAACGAGCAGCGGACAGAACAAUAUUCUGCUUGGUCUUAAAAUUUCUAAGAGCAACGGCGCCCCACAAGAGGGACCUCGGUCACGAGGAGACGACGAGGCAGAUGAAAAUCCGACGGGUACUUCUAACACUUUCUCGAUGAGAAUUGCAGAAAGGCGCAGCCAACUACGAGCGUCGUCAAAUCGUACAGGAGCGCAGGAGGACGAACUCGUGAAACGCAAUUUACAACUAUGGGAGGGGGCAGACAUGGAUCUUGAACAUGACUGGGCGAGAAAUAUUAUCGAUGACGAACAAAUCGAUUGAGCAUUUGGACCAUGUUGCUCAUUGGUUUGGCUAGUCUGUUAGUUAUUGUUGCGCAAUGGCAAUGGCAAUGGCAAUGAACAAUGCUGUAGGGCCCCCGUCUUAUUUAUAUCAGGCCGAUCUAUAGAUACAACAUUGUAGUGACUGUUAACAGUGAGGUGUUCGACGCUUUGACCUCAGG